AUGUCUGAUACAAAUAUCCCCGCCUCUCUCGAGGGGGUAGGCUAUGGCAUAGUCAUCGGCGUGGGUGCAAUAUUCGCUAUUGGCAUGUCCCUUACAUCUUGGCUCCUGAGUCGAUAUAUGAAUGAAGUCCAGGACUCUGAAAUGUUCAUGACAGCAAAGCAUUCCGUCAAAUCAGGCUUGACUGCAUCUGCUGUGGUCUCUUCCUGGACCAUUGCCACCACUCUUCUUACUAGUACGACUUAUGGGUAUCAGUAUGGCGUGGCUGGGCCAUUCUGGUACGCCGCGGCAGCCUGUGUCCAAAUUCUCCUCUUCUCUGUCGCCGCGGUUGAGCUGAAGCGAAAGGCUCCAAAUGCCCAAACAUUCCUUCAGGUUGUCAAGCUCCGCUAUGGUACAUCGGUGCAUCUUCUUUACACGGCUUACUCGGGCGUUUAUCAAAUAAUCAAUACGGUCAAUCUUCUGGUGGGUGGCUCGGCGGUCUUUUCAUCCAUGUCUGGUGUGAAUCGAGACGCAAUCUGCUAUCUCUUUCCUGUGGGAGUCAUUAUUUACACCUUGAUGGGAGGAAUCAAGGCCACAUUUAUCACUGAUUGGGUCCACACGGUCAUGAUCUAUGUUAUCAUGCUGAUUUCCCUGUUCGUAUUUUAUACGACCUCGAGCGUCGCCGGAUCGCCCUCCCGAGUAUGGGAACUGCUCAAAGAAGCAUCUUCCUUGCACCCUGUCGACGGAAAUGCCGACGGCCAGUACCUGACAAUGAGGUCACAGGAAGGUGGAUACGUCGGCUUGGUAUUCAUCGGGGCAGGAUUUGCAGCAUGCGUUGACAGCCAGUUAUUCCAAAAAGCGAUCGCAAGUGAUCCACGCACAACCUCCGUUGGAUACAUCAUCGGUGGUCUGUCAUGGUUCACCAUUCCUUUCGUUCUCGCCAGUACAUACGGACUCGCUGCAGCAGCUCUCGAGCAUCUGCCUAGCUGGCCUACAUACCCGAACAGAAUGAACGACUACGAGAUUUCCUCUGGUCUAGCAAUGCCCUACGCAGCUUACGCUCUGAUGGGUGAUGGCGGAGUCGUGGCAGUCUUGCUAAUGAUCUUCAUGGCUGUCACUAGCGCAAUGUCCUCCGAGACCGUGGCAACCACGGCACUGGUGACCUACAACAUCUACCAGGCUUAUAUCAAGCCUAACGCUUCUGGACGGAGCCUGCUUUAUUUCUCGCACUUUGUGACGGUGGGAUUUGCCAUUUUCUGCUCUUCGAUUGCGGUCGCAUUCAACCACGGAGGAUUCAGCGUUGGGUUUCUCAUAACGGCGAUUGGUAUCUUCGUCGACGCGGCCAUCCCUUUCUCACUCCCAUCAUGGGCUCGAUUGCGGGGGGUUCUCGCGUGGUUUCUGACGACCCAUUCUCUCUACGAUGUCAUAAGUGUCGCGACCUUGAGUGAAAAUUUACCACUGGUCGCAGGUAAUAUCGUUGCACUUGGAUCACCUCUAGUUCUCACACCCUUACUCACCUUUCUAAGGCCGGAGGACUUCGACUGGCAGAUUUUCAAGGAUGGAAUCAAACGGGGUGACGACGAGCAGAUACAAGUUCCAGUGGACGAUGAGAGCAACAAAGAUCCGACCAGAAGGACAGCAAGAGAGAUGCACGAGGAGCAAGAGGACGAAGCUACGCUCAUCUCUGCUCGGAACCGGUCGAUCUAUCUUUCUAUAUUCCUCACCUUGUCGCUUGUCAUCCUCUGGCCGAUCCCAAUGUAUGGAACAAGCUACAUCUUCAGCUCCGGCUUCUUUACGGGCUGGGUUGCGUUUCUUUUUAUCUGGGCCUUCCUUGCUGCCGGCAUAAUUGUUCUGUUGCCAAUCUGGGAGGGUAAGAUGCAAGUAUAUGUUCUGUUGAAGAAGGUUUUCGGAUCCCCAGAGGAACUAGACAGUGAGCCGGUGACGACCCUUACAUUGGGAGAACUGGAAGACAUGACUACUAGUACCACCGAGAAACCGCCUGUUGAUAGCGCUAAAGCAGUGGUGUGA